AUGGAUUUGAUGUAUCUAGGAGCUGGAGAGUGUAUCAGAUGUUAUUGCCAGCUGAGGGGAGAGGACCAGCAUAUGAUGAACUGCAACACAUGUGGAAACUGGCUUCACACGGUUUGCUGCGGAUUUUUCAGCAACACAGACAAGAGAAUGCCAGGCGGGAGAUUCUCUUGCUUCUACUGUUUGGGGCCCAUUACAAAGGAAGACAACACAAAUGCUCUCUUCAGAAGAAUCCUCUCUGUGGUUUAUACCGAAGGCCUUAGAAGCAAAGCAUGGCUUUCCACCAGGCUGGGAAUUACGGAAUGGCAGUCUACAAAGCAAACAAGAAGGCUGGCAAGCGAAGGAUUCGUCAAGGUGAUAGGUAGACACAGGGCCAUAUCUUAUGUGGUCGUGAAGACCCAGGAAACAAAGGAUAAGAUCAAGAGGUACUUUGGCGCUUAA